GCAGUUUUCUACGGGUCUCGGCUGCAGCACCAACUUUAGCCGCUGCCGCGGAGACCUGCGCCUUUAAAGGUUCCCAGAACUGUUACCAUAGAAACGCUAUACAGAGUCGUGAGUCUUCUGCAGGAAGGAGAGUAAAACUUGGAGACCGUACGGUUUACUCUGGCUGAAAUUUGAAAAAACAACACAUAAAGUCAUGUUCUCGCAGCUAACGCCUGAGGAGUCGGCUUCACGGAUGUGGACAGCAGCGGGACGCGACAGUAGCUAUGUCCUCGUAGAGCUACAAGUAUUACAGCGAGAGCAGGAAGAGCUCAAAGCUAAGUACGAGGAAAGCAAACAGGUGUUGGAGAGUUUGCAACAGCGUGAAGAGGAGUUGCACAAGAAGAUAAAGGAAAUGCAAGACCUGCAUUUAAGCUUUGACAUGUAUCACAAGGAUGAAGAAGCUAAUCGAGCAAUCGAGAAAGCAGAGCAGGAGAGACAAAGGGUGCUUCAAAAAGAGGCGGAGAUAGAGAGGCUGAAGGAGCAGUUGGCCAAACUGACUGAGGAGAAACAGGAGCUCGAGCAUCAGGUGAAGAGACACUCUGUGUACAGAGAUCUCUUGGAGCAGCUGCUCAAAAUAACUAAGUUUAAAGAUGUGGCGGCGCUCACGGAUCAUUUAGAGAGUCUCCUCCACUUCAGAUGCCAGCUCUCUGAGAGGGAGAGUAAGGCACAGGAGCAGGCUGACGAGCAGAGAAAAGCACUGCUGACACUGGAGCAACAGCACAACCUGCUGUUGCUGCAGAGGAACAACCAGCUGUCUCAGCUCCAGACCAAGCUGGAGAAAACUCACUCUGAAGGUCUAAUAUGGGAGAAGAAAUGGAAUAACAUACAGGAAACGGCUGCCAGGAAAACACUGAAGCUGGGACAGAUUAAGAUGGCAAUUUUAAAUCUGUAUGAAAUGACUGGUGGCCAGGUAGGAGGAGAGGAAGGUGUGGAUGUGAAUGACACUGAGAAACAGCUGGAGCAGGUCAAGCAGUUCUUCGAGGACCAGACGGACAUAGUGCAACAAUAUCAGCCUCACUCACAAAGGCAUAACAACGAUCAGGGAAAACAGAAAAGCAAAAAACCCACAAAUAAAGAAAUGUGAACAGAAUUAUGAAAUUAUUUGUACACUGGAUCUGUUUAAAUAUUGUUAUUACUAUUUUUUUAUCUAAAGUCUAUUUGUGUGUUUAU